AUGAGUUUUUCGUUUCGCCUAGCAGCCGCCAGAGACAGAAAGAGAAGCAAGACUGUCGUGAAACCUGCAUGGAACCUCCUGGAUGAGCUAUUGAUGGAGAUCAUACCGAGAUUGCCGGCCAAAUCGCUGAUGAGGUUCAAGUGUGUGUCAAGGCUCUGGCAUUCCCUUAUCACUUCCCGAUAUCUUACCAAUCGUUUCCUUAAAUAUUCAUCAUCGUCGGUUCAAAGAAGCCGUAUGCUCAUGUCUUUUGUGGACUCUGACGAGCCGUAUAAGUAUGCGUUGAUCUCAUCGUCUCAUGACCCUGUCCCUCUCAUAUCACCUUUCUACCCUGCCCCCAUGUAUGACCUCGACCAAGAUCUUACCAUGCCGAGAAUAGGAGGCUGCUUUGACAGCGCUCUUCGCGGCUUGCUAUGUGUCAGACUUCUGAGAAGUGUUCGAAUAUGUAACCUUACCACCAUGCAACGUGUGACCUUGCCCAUUAUAACAUCAAGAAUUGUGCCUGAAAAUAAUGAGAAUAUUUGGAGCUACUUUGGGCACGAACCUGUUCAUGAUGAAUACAAAGUGCUUAGUACAGUCUGGGAGGUGAGCGAGGAAGAGAAAGUAGUGAGAUCUGAGCAUCAGGUGUUGGUACUUGGUCAUGGAGCUUCAUGGAGAAGCACCCGAAGCACCAUUCCUCCCCCUCCUCAUUGUCCUUACAUGCAUGGUAUCUCCAUCAACGGUGUUUUGUAUUAUGGAGCUUGGGUUGACAAAAAUAGAUGUGUGGUCAUGAGUUUUGACAUGAGAUAUGAGGAGUUCACUUUGAUCGAACUGCCUGUUGAGACUGGCAUUGUAUGGGACGCCCGUACCAUGAAUCUCAUGAACUACAAAGGCAAACUAGCUGUGUUUGAAUAUUCAAGCAUUAUGAUUAAUGGUAGCAUAGAUUUAUGGUUUGUACAGGAUGCGGGCAAGAGUGGAUGGUCGGACAAGAAGUCUUUUGUUUUGCCUAUUUUCGAAACGCGCACACUGUCCAUGGCCAGCAGGUUGCUGAUACAACCCACAAGUCACAGCAGUGAAAUUUGUCUGAAACCGGAAGAAAUCAAUCGGCAUAAUCCACGCUGUGUCAUUUAUGAUUUGGAGAGGUGCAAGAUAACAAGACUCAUUAGUGGAAUGAGAAUAGUUGAUAGGUUUUGGGGAAGCACGUUUAUGCAGACGACUUUUUGGGAUGAUAUUGAGAGCAUCAUGUAUCUGGAAACCUAA